AAUGGUAUGAUCAUGUGAUUGAAAGAGGAAGCCACAUGGUACAGCUAAAGUUAUGGAAGACAUGGAGCAACAAGAGAUAGCGUCACCUUCCUCAACGUCCUCUUCUGCUGGAGGGCAAGCGUCAGGAAUGAUGACUGUACGUAUGAAAGUGGUCGAUGACAAUCUGAAAGACCUGGAAACCUUCUCCAACUGCCUGAACCUUAAAGUGAUUAAUGAUACUGUUAACACACGCUGUAUAUUAGAAUUCAGGGAACGAGAUUUAGAGAAAGUUGUGUGGAGUGUGAAACUAACAGAUGCUCAGCAAGUUUACCAGUGUGGCUCUGAUGUUAUAUUAUUCAGAGUACCACAAGGAUCUGUAAUGGUUACACUUGAUAGUCACAGUGAUACUGGUACACUACUCCAUCAAGUCCAGUCCGUGUUUGAUCCAAGCAGCAAGAAAGGAAAUAAAAAACAAUCCGUAUUUAACCUAAGAACUGAUGAAGCCUCAGCAAGUCAGUAUUUCCAGUUUUAUGGAUUUCUUUCGCAACAGCAAAACAUGAUGCAGGAUUAUGUACGGACGUCAACUUAUCAGUCAGCAAUGCUACAGAAUUCGAUUGAUUUCAAAGAUAAAGUGGUGGUUGAUGUAGGAGCUGGUUCUGGUAUCCUUUCAGUGUUUGCUGUUCAAGCUGGUGCUAGGAAAGUGUAUGCUAUAGAGGCCAGCAGUAUGGCAGUUCACUGUCAGAAGCUAAUCAAAUCAAACAAACUAGCUAGUAAAAUCAUAGUAAUUGCUGGCAAAGUUGAAGAGAUUGAUCUACCCGAGACAGUCGAUGUUGUCGUAUCGGAGCCCAUGGGUUAUAUGCUCUUCAAUGAGAGGAUGCUGGAGAGCUAUGUACAUGCAAGGAAGUGGCUUAAACCUGAUGGUAAGAUGUUUCCCAGCCAAGGGAUCCUAUACUGUGCUCCUUUUACUGAUGAGUUGCUUUAUAUUGAGCUUUGUAACAAGAUAUCAUUCUGGUAUCAACAACAUUUUCAUGGCAUGGAUCUCACGUCAAUAAGAGAUGCAGCUCUUGAUGAAUAUUUCAAUCAACCUGUUGUGGAUACUUUUGAUGUCCGUAUAUUAUUGGCGACUCCUGUUGGACACACUGUCGACUUCAGAACAACCACAGAAUCAGCUCUACACAAUAUAACGAUUCCAGUGGCAUUUAAGGUCUGGAACAGUGGGAAUGUUCAUGGACUAGCGUUCUGGUUUGAUGUCUCAUUCAAUGGAUCAUCGCAAACCGUGUGGCUCUCAACUGCUCCUUUUCAACCAGUCACUCACUGGUAUCAAGUACGCUGUGUCCUUAAGACCCCAUUAUUUGUUUCUGCCGGUCAGGAGCUAGCUGGUGUUAUCAAUAUGAAAGCUAAUGAGAGGCAAAGUUAUGAUAUUGAAAUGGAAAUUAAUGUAGUAGGGACGUCACAAGUGUCAAAAUGUCAUUACGAUUUAAAGAAUCCUUAUUUUAGAUAUACUGGUGCAGCUCAACCACCUGCAGGCAGUCAACACACUAAUCCUACAGAAGCCUACUGGGCUAAUAUACAAGCCACUCAAGGAGCAGUUCAAGCUCUAUACUCUUCGCAGCAACAACAGAACCAGCAACAAACUUUACUGCCUUCAGUAAUCAACUCUAGCACUGCCUCUCCUUCCUACAUGAAUUCCUCCUAUCAACCUGUCAGCAGUGGCUAUCAAUCUAAUCUUAUGUAUGGUCAAUCAGGAGGAGCACUUUUUGGGAGCAGACAGCAACAAACUAACAUGUGGUAUCAUGCUGAUCAUAGUCUCAAUGGUCAGUAUAGCUCUAAGGUCCCUUUAAGCAAUAAUUCAAGACAGCAGAAUUAUUCACCUAAUUUGUCUAAUCACUCUUAAUGUCAUUAUUUUAUGGACGGCUGUAUUAUUAUAAUGUAACUCAACUGCAUUUGUAAUGAAUUGACUUCUCUCUCUCUCUCUCUUAGUUUUGAUAAUAAUUGUUUUCUGGACUGUA